AAAAAAUGUUCACCGUGCUGAACGUUGCCGAUUGACUCUCGCGUAGACGAAAAAGAUCCGGCAAGUUUGUUUACAAACAUUUUGUGUGAAAUUAUUAUCAAAGUUAUUUAGUUAGCGAAAGUUACAGUAAGAAUAUUGUGUUAUUUAGUGGAGUAGUACCUACGUUCUUGGUUUGAUUAGAAGAUUUUGUUGAAGAAAUGAAUAUUUGUCGGACGUGUAUGGCUAACACCAAAGCUGAACUGGUGCCAAUUUUCUCCAAGUUGGAAGGUGAAUUUAUUGCAAACGUUAUCGUGGAUUGCAGUUCCGUCACGAUCAUCGAAGACGACGGCUUGCCGGCGUUCGUGUGCACAGAAUGUUUGUUAAACAUUAAACAAAUUCUCGUUUUUGCAAAGAAAGCACGUGAAUCAGACCAGAAAUUACGGCAGCUGUUCAAGUCGGAGGUAUCGUUGACCGAUUUUGAGAAGCAGGAACCAAAUGAGGCAGGUGAGCGGCGCGAAUCCGACUGGUUCGAUGUGCUGGUAACACCGAUCAAAACUGAAGAAACAGCAGCGUCGGAACAUGCUUACGGCUCUAGCCAGGAAGUGGGAAAUGAGUCUGAAUUUGAAGAUUUCGAUGAUGGGAAUGAUAGUGAUUGGGUAAAUAAUGAUGAAAUGGAUUCAGAUGAUGAUUUACCUUUGGCGAAAAGCAUUAUCAAAGCCAAACGAAAGAGUGUAAAAUCUGCGAAAUCGGAACAGGACAAUGAGGUAAAACAGGUUAGGCCCACCAAGAAGAAACGACCAGUCAAGAUUGAUUCUGACGAAGAUGAUGAUGACGAUGAUGAUGAAAAUUUCCCAGAAGAUGAUAUUCUGGAUGAAAAAGAGCAGGAAAUGUUCGAGCUGGUGGUUAUAGACCCGGCUAGGCAUAUUUGCUGUCUUUGUUCUUACGACUUUGAUACUCGCGAUGAACUAGAAGCACACGGAAAAGCAGCACACGAGAAAAAGAAACGAAUAAGUAAAAUCAACAAACCAUUUUUUUGUCAGGUGUGUUACAAGCGAUACUGUUCGGAGGAUGCGCUGCAGGAUCAUCAUAUAGUAGCAGCAGGACUGGCUUCGAAAAAAUUCUACCAGUGUAAACUCUGCCCGGUUCGGUUCCAUUCCGCUAAACGAAGACGAAAUCAUGCCCAUAAUCAUCCAAAAUCUACCUUGGUCGAAGAACACUCGGAUACAAAAAACAAACGCCCACCAAUAUGUUGUGGUCCGAAUUGCUACCGGGAAUGUGAAUCAGUUGAUGAACUUUACAAACAUGGCAUGAAAGUGCACGGUUCUAAAAAACGUUCAGUUGUUGACCCAGCUUUACCCCACGAAUGCCCAAUCUGCUUCAAAUGCUUUGAAACCAAGAAAUCACUGGCUAGGCAUCGAAAUAGAAUACUCACCUCGGAUCUGCAUCAGUGCACCAUGUGCGGAAAGCAAUUAAAAUCCCGUAAUUCGCUCGUCAUUCAUGAGCGAAAGCACCGCGAUGAGCGGCCGUAUUCGUGUGAAAUGUGCGCCAAACGAUUCCCUACGAUGCAGGCUCUAAAGUGGCACCAAUUGGUACACAAGGAGGACAAACCGUUUGGUUGUAAUAUUUGCGGUUGGAGCUUUAAGCGGGAAUGUAACCUCAAGAUUCACAUGCUGACGCACUCGGACACGCUUCCAUUCAAGUGUACGGUGUGCCAGAAAUCGUUUAAGGGAAAAUACCACCUUCAGUAUCACAUGCGGAUACACACGGGUCACAAGCCGUGGCCCUGUCGAUAUUGUGACAAAUCGUUCGCGGACCAUGCAAAUCGUGCAAGGCAUGAGAUUUCUCAUACAGGUAUAAAACCCUACAAAUGUUCAUACUGCGACAAGUCAUUCAUCCGUAGACGAUAUCAAAUUGAACACGAAAGCACGCACACAGGAAUAAAACCGUACCGGUGCGAGAUGUGUAACCGCACCUUCGGCCAGAAGACUGCCCUGAAACGGCACCUAGAUAUGCACCCGCUGGCUUCGGAGAAUCAAAAAUCACUAGAACAGCCAUCUCCGAUGUCGGAAAUUCAGCCGAUGUCACCGGAACUGCCCUCUGCCUCGGUGACUAGCCAAGCUAUUUCGCACAUUCCCAAUUCGGCAGCAAUGAUGCCGGCUCCUAAUAGUUAUGACAUACAGCAGAUGUAAGUAAUUUGACUGCAUAAAAAAAUCCGUCAAUGACACUA